AUGACACAAGACGACAAGGUAACACUCGAGUAUCGCGACAGGUUAGCCGUCAUCACUCUGAACAACCCAAGCAAGUUGAAUGCGUUGACGAAAGACCUGUACUAUCAGCUGGCGACUUUUCUCUACGAAGUUGCGGCUCGAGAUGAAAUCCUGGUGACUUUGCUGAUUGGGCGAGGGCGAUUCUUCUCUGCAGGCGCCGAUGUAUCCGUGUCACGCAAACAACCACCAGGCACGGAUCUGUAUCGACAUUUCCUGACCUACACGGUAGCAUCAAAUCUCAACCUGGCAAGGGCCUUUUACAUGCACCCCAAAAUCCUGGUGAGCGCUCUCAACGGCCCAGUCAUCGGCAUGUCUGCGGCCAUGAUUGCCUAUUCCGAUUUCAUCUAUGCAACACCGCACGUUUAUCUGCAGACUCCAUUCGCAAGCCUUGGUCUGGUGGCGGAGGGAGGCGCAAGUGCAGCGUUCGUCGAGCGUAUGGGGAUCGGCAAGGCCAACAAAGCUUUGAUCCAGGGCCGAAGGCUUGGAGCAGAUGAGCUGCUAGGCUGCGGCUUCGUCGACCGUAUCUUCAAGACCGAGGGCGGUGAUGACGUGGCAUUCGAACGGGCCGUGCUCGACGAGAUCAAAGAUGGGUUUGGCGAUCAUCUCAAUGGUGAGAGCAUGCAUCGGAUAAAAGCGUUGAUUAGAGGCAAGCAAAGGCGCGAACUCCACGCUCAGAAUGUGGACGAAGUGUUCGAGGGAAUGGCAAGGAGUGUCGCCGGUAUACCUCAGAAACAAUUUGAGAAGCUCAGAAUGCUCAAGAUGUCACAAGCGAAGAGUAUGCUUUGA